AUGGACCUCUUGCUUUGGUCACUCUACUUCCUGCCAGUAUCUGGGGUUCUGAAGAGCCUCCCAGAAGUAAAGCUGGAGGGAGAGCUGGGCGGAUCAGUUCUCAUCGAGUGCCCACUUCCUGUAAUGAACGUGAGAAUAUAUCUGUGCCGGGAGAUGGCUAAAUCUGGAGUGUGUGCUACCGUGGUGUCCAACACCAACUUUGUCAAAGAGGAAUACAGGAGCCGCGUCACUCUGGAGCUGUGCCAAGACAAGAAUCUGUUCCUAGUGGAGGUGACAAAGCUGACCAAAAGUGACAGCGGAGUCUAUGCCUGUGGGGUGGGCGUGAACACAGACUGGGCCAAGACCCUGCAAGUCACCCUGAGUGUCCACAAUGAGUAUGAGCCAUUCUGGGAAGAGGAGCCGACACCUGAGCCUCCAAAAUUGUUUCAAAAAUUUCUGCGCCUGCAGAUGUCCUUUUGGCAGAUGUCUGCACAUGCCAGUUCUGAAUUCAUAUCCAAAGUUACCACACCAGCUCAAAGGACAGAGGCUCCUCCAGCCAACCACACCUCCCCCACCACCCUAAUCAGACACUACCCUCGAGUUUCCAGAGCAUCUUCAGUACCAGCUGCCAAUCCCUCAACCCUACUGCCAUCCACCACAGCUUCAAAGACCCCAACUUGGGAGGGGCUGCUCAGGCCCCAGACAGCCAGCUACAACCACCACAUCAGGCUGCACAGGCAGAGAGCAUUCGACUAUGGCUCACAGUCUGGGAGGGAAGGCCCAGGAUUUCACAUCCUGAUCGCGACCUUCCUAGGCCUUAUCUUGAUAGCACUUCUGGGGCUGGUGAUGAAAAGAGCCAUUCAGAGGAGGAAAGCCCUCUCCAGGCGGGUCCGCCGACUGGCCGUGAGGAUACGCGCCCCGGAGGCCUCCCGGCGGCCCGGGUCGCUGCGGCCCCUAGCGUCGCAGAGGCCGCACUCCCAAAACAACGUCUACAGCGCCUGCCCGCGGCGCGCUCGGGGACCGGACGCGGCGGGCGAGAGUGAGGCGCCGCUGCCAGGACCCGGAUCCUCGGCGCCCGCCCCGCCGCAGGUGUCUGAAGGUCCCUGGCUCCCUGCCCCGUCUCUAAAGACCAGCUAUGAAUAUGUGGGCUUCUACCACCAGCCUGCUGCCACGAUGGAGGACAAUGAUUCGGAUGACUACAUCAAUAUUCCCAGCCUGACUCACCCACCCAGCUGUCCCCUGGGCCCAGACCUUGGUGCCAAUGAGUCUUGUCUGUCUGUUGAUUUCUGA